AUGGGUGCUACACGGAGGCCCAAGACGAAGCGACGUACGAGAGACUACGAUCAAAUCCUCGCCGAUCUAGCUUCCACAAAACACCUGCAGCAAUACAAGGAUACCAAGGAGGUGGGGGACCUUCCUGCUCUGGGAAAACACUACUGCGUCGAAUGCGCAAAAUGGUUUGAAGACGAACACAACCUCGUUGCGCACCGCAGGGGCAAGAACCACAAGAGAAGGGUACGAAUUCUCAGGGACGAACCGCACACUCAAAAGACGGCUGAGGCAGUCGUGGGGUUAGGCGUCGACAAUGGCAAGAGGGAACAGACAAUGAUGGACAUGGAUGAUGAGGCCAAAGAAUAG